GCAAAUCAGGCGGUGGCAAAUAAUCUGAUAUUUCUCAAGAACAAAGUGUGUAUUAGCAGGGAAUAGAAAUUUUGUAUUGAAUGUUUGUUUCAACUUUCAAAGAGCUCGAGCUGUGUUAUCCGAUGCUUAGUUUGAGAUACUCUCCAGCAAUUUUCACUGAAAAAUUGGAAUCUGUUGAAAUUUUCAGGAACAUUAAUCGGAAUAUUGUGGUUUGUGCUGCUAAAGGUCCUAGACCAAGGUAUCCACGGGUGUGGAAAACCAAUAAAAAGAUAGGUACCAUUUCGAAGUCCUUGAAGCUUGUUGAAUGUAUUAGAGGAUUAUCAAAUGUUAAAGAGGAAGUAUAUGGGGCGCUUGAUUCUUUCAUUGCAUGGGAAGUAGAAUUUCCAUUAAUAACAGUGAAGAAAGCUUUAAAAACCCUUGAGAAUGAAAAAGAGUGGAAGAGGAUAAUUCAGGUGACAAAGUGGAUGUUGAGCAAAGGUCAAGGGAAAACAAUGGGAAGCUAUUUCAGUUUGCUAAAUGCUUUGGCAGAGGAUGGAAGGCUUGACGAAGCUGAAGAGCUCUGGAAGAAGUUAUUUUCACAGAAUUUGGAAAGCAUGCCUCGUAUUUUCUUUGAAAAAAUGAUUUCAAUUUAUUAUCACAGGGAAAUGCAUGAAAAGAUGUUUGAGACAUUUGCUGACAUGGAGGAGCUUGGAAUCCGACCGACGAUGUCGAUUGUUUCAAUGGUUGGAGAUGUAUUUGAGAAGCUGGGUAUGAUGGACAAAUGCCAAAAACUGAAGAAGAAAUACCCACUGCCAAAAUGGGAAUAUCGAUACUUUAAAGGUAAGCGCGUUAAAGUUAGAGCCAAGUAUCUUGAAGAAACUGAUAAUGCAGAUUUAAAUAAGGCCGAUAAGGAAGCUGAAGUUAAUUCAUCCGAAUCAAAUGAGGAUGCAGAAGUUAGUUUUCACGAACUCUCUGAUGAAAGCAGCCAUAGUAAUGUUGCUGAAGUAUAUUCUACUGUACCUUUUGAAACUGUCGACUCCAAAAUUGAAUGAAGCUCUUGUAUGUUAUGCUUUAGUUU